CAAUUACUGAGCUAGUUAGUAACAGUCAACUACGAAGUAGUUCUAAUGUGAGUUUCUAGGUAAAACAAGGUGUACAUGAAAUAAUGUUGCUUUUCGAGAACUCGUUGAAUAACCUAUUGAAAUUAUUUCUCUUUCCUUCUCAGAUCGGGGAUGGUGGCCUUCCCUUGCUCAAACCAUCGAUAUCAACUUGAGAGAGCUCGGCAUCGUACCACGGCAUUUCCUCCUAAUCGGCAAGAACUCUUCGAAGGAGAAGAUCGAGAAGAGACUGAGGAUAUUGAAGAAGAUUCCAUGUAGAGCACUUUUCAUAUUCGCUCCAGCAGACGCCACGGGCAGAAUCACCCUGGAAGCCCUAGACGACCUCCAACUCCACCACCAACAUACCAUCACCGUCUACGUGGACGUGUCCAACCUUCCACCUUGGCUGAACCUCUUACAAAACACCACCGAGACCUCGGAAAUCAACAACACAGAGAAUAUCAGUAUAUUCACCAAGAGGAACGCUUUGAUAUUCGCAGAUAACGAAUCGGCCUCUCUGAGCCCGGAACAAUCGGUGGUGCGCAGAGUACGGAUAUCCCUUUCUGCGCAGAACAAUAGUAGAUCGAGUACGCGCGGAGUGCGGGAAUCGUUGUCUGCGCAGAACAACAGUGACUCGAGUUUCGUUCUCGCGGAUUUCCGUGAUGACGACACGCUGCGCCCUCUGAUGUUUGUGAGCGUAACCAGCACCGGUGAACUUUACUCGGAGAGAAUGCUCGAAUAUUUGGAUGAGUGGAUUGUGAAGCACGAGCAGGCGGAAGAUUGCGAGGAGUGUACGAACAAUAUCCAAAAGAUUUUGACAGCGGUUAUCAUUUUGGGGUGCUCGUGCUUGUUCGUUUCGGCCGUUUUGGGAGCGGUUGCUUUGGCAAGGAACCAGCUGGGGAAGAAGAGGGUGACCAAAGGGCCGUACAAAGUACUGCUGACUGCGACCGAUUUCGUUUUUCCACAGAUCGCCGACAGUCGCAGGGUAGACGAAGGCAUCGAGGCCAUGCUGUGCUGCUGGCUGCAGCAGUUGCAGGAGUUCGGCGGGCCCGAAGUGGAGAAGCCGGACCUGCUGCUGGGGUCGGGCGGUGCGUCGAUGCGCACGCCUGCCAGGACCGGCUCCAGCCCGAAUCUGGCCAAGCAGCUGAUCGUCGAUCCGAGGGUCAGGUACAAUGACGUGCUUCAGCAGGACGACAUCAAGCUCGACUGGUCGUUUCGGUUGAGCCUGCUCACGGAUCUCGUCAGGGUAAGUGAUUUUUGUGUCCGCCCCAGCGAGUUUUAUGUCCCUAUUCCGGGACUCCGGGACUCACUGGCCUGGGAUUCCAGGAUACUGCUAGAAGAGGAAUCGUUCGAGACUUGUGUGGAAGUUUUUCCAUUAUAUAGUCGAGGCCCUAUCUUGAUGUUCUGUGUGGACGGGAAAUUCCUUAAAUGA